AUUGAACUGAAAACUGCUCCUGCUGAUUUCCGGUUCCCUACAACGAACCAAACAAGGCACUGCUUCACCCGUUACAUUGAGUUCCACAGGUGCACAACUGCAAAAGGUGAGGACUCCAAUGAAUGCGAGAGGUUCGCCAAGUACUACCGUGCACUCUGCCCUGGAGAAUGGGUUGACAAAUGGAAUGAGCAGAGAGAGACCGGAACUUUCCCUGGCCCUCUCUGA